AUGUUGGCAAACACUGGUCUCCAGCUAGUGAAAGAACUCAAACGAUCGCAGUUCUAUAAGAUGCCACCUUACAAUGACGAGAAGAUAAGAGUGUGCUUGGAAGAGAUGAAAACAUUGUAUGAGGCCAAUUACCGUGACGUGGCUCUUGUGUCCGGUUCUUCCGAAAGUUCUUCGCAGUCCGAAGAACACGCCGGAAGAAUACAGUGUGUACUCGUACGUCAUGCAGUGCUGGAACGGAACAAACGCUGUCUAUUAGCAUAUCACCACGCACGCCUAAUGUAUAUCAAGGGGUUGCGUUGGCAAUAUGGAACAGUUCUCCCAAAAGAAGUCCGGCAGUCAUUAUCUGAGGCCGAACAAGCUUGGUUUAAAGCUUACUGUGGAACUUUGGCCAAUUUUAUGCAGGCGGACGUAGCUGAGCGUGGUGGAGCUGGAGGUUUGGAUCUCACGCAGUCACAACUGCCACCCAAAUCGUUGUUCCUGGAAGUUCGUUGUCUGGUCGAUUUUGGUGAAUUUGAAACGGAAGAUGGCGGGGUGUUACAGCUCACCAAGGACAGCCAUCAUUUGAUGUCUAGAAGUGAUUGUGAAACUCUCAUUCGGCAAGGCCUAGUGAAAGAACUCAAACGAUCGCAGUUCUAUAAGAUGCCACCUUACAAUGACGAGAAGAUAAGAGUGUGCUUGGAAGAGAUGAAAACAUUGUAUGAGGCCAAUUACCGUGACGUGGCUCUUGUGUCCGGUUCUUCCGAAAGUUCUUCGCAGUCCGAAGAACACGCCGGAAGAAUACAGUGUGUACUCGUACGUCAUGCAGUGCUGGAACGGAACAAACGCUGUCUAUUAGCAUAUCACCACGCACGCCUAAUGUAUAUCAAGGGGUUGCGUUGGCAAUAUGGAACAGUUCUCCCAAAAGAAGUCCGGCAGUCAUUAUCUGAGGCCGAACAAGCUUGGUUUAAAGCUUACUGUGGAACUUUGGCCAAUUUUAUGCAGGCGGACGUAGCUGAGCGUGGUGGAGCUGGAGGUUUGGAUCUCACGCAGUCACAACUGCCACCCAAAUCGUUGUUCCUGGAAGUUCGUUGUCUGGUCGAUUUUGGUGAAUUUGAAACGGAAGAUGGCGGGGUGUUACAGCUCACCAAGGACAGCCAUCAUUUGAUGUCUAGAAGUGAUUGUGAAACUCUCAUUCGGCAAGGCGUGUUAGAACACAUCACAACUUGA